UCCGUUGAUGAGAAAUGCGCCCAGCUGAGCUGGCUAUAUCAUAUUCACCGCAAAAAUUAUUUCACAACGAUCAUCGAUUCAACUAGCUUUAAAAACAAACUAGAUCUCGACCCCCACAAUUGUGCGGCUAAUUAUUUUCAUUUUUAUACACAUAAUUAUUUAUUUUACAUGGUUAACUAUAAUAUUUAACAUUUACAAAUUGUUUAAUAUAACAUUUUAAAACACAACAAUUUUAUAGUUCACACGCAGUAACUUAAUUUAUUUGUUUUGAAUUUUCAGCGAUAGCAUAUAUUAAAUCAUGUGAUAUUAAAUUUUAAAUUGAAAAUCUUAUUGAUUAAGGAUCAAAAAUUUAAUUGAAAAUUAUUAUAUUAAAUUAGUAUCAUAAAUCUAGUAAAAUAUUGUACAUGAGAUAAGUUAUAAUUAAAAAAUUAAUUAGAUAUUUUAAAAGUUUGUUUUAGUUAAAAUGAAAUAUAUAUUUAAUUUUCAAAUGAACACGAAAUUAACUAAAAAAAUAUUUUUUUGUUGAAGUGAAAAAUGAAAUAUACAUUUAUUUUAAACAAAUACGAAAUUGAUUAAAUAUUUAAAACCUUUAUUUUAAUGAAAAAUAAAAUAUAUUUUAUAUUGUAAAAAGGAUAUGAAAAGAUUUUUAUUCAGAUACAAUUUGAGAGAAAAUAUAGGAAUAUUUAUUUGAUUUGUUUGUUAUAGAAUAUUCAAAUAACUGAAAUAUUUAUACAAAGUAAUUUAAACAAUUUUCUAAGGGUGGUCCAAAUUAAAAAAAAAAUCACACAUGAAUUAAGUCAUGACUUCUAUUUUAAUAGUAUAGACUAGUGUUUGAUCCGCGGAUGUUGAUAUUUAGAGGGGUUAUUGGUAAGUGAAUUUUCAUGAAUUUAAAAAAAUUGAAAAUUCUAUUGUUUUUGGUUUUUGGAUUUCAAAAGUUUUAAUAAAAUCCAUUGUUUAUUGGUUUAAGAAUUUUCAAAAUUCAUUCAAAUUCUUUUUUUUUUCAAAUUCUUUGUUAUUCAAAAAGUUUAGUUAUUAUUGAUUCUCUAAUUUUAACUAAAUUUAGUGUUAUUGGGAGAUGAAUUCUAUUCAUUUUUACUCAUAACACUCAACUUUCAAAAUAUCAUAUGUAUCCAUGUGAUAAAAAUUAGAAAACAAAAUAAUUAUUCUUACCAAAAUCUAUUUCACCUUAAAUCCAAAUUCUUUGUCCAAAAACUAUAAUUCGUUACAUUUAUAUACUUUUAAAAUUUUAAAUAUAUAAUUAUUUUUAUAAACAUUAUCAUUUUUUUAAUAUAAAUAUCAAUAAUUAUAAAUUAUAAAUAUUACCAAAUUUUAAUAUAAGUUUUUUAAAAUAGUUUCAAAAAACAUUUUCGAAUUUCAAAAACAAAAUUAGAAAAACAAUUAUGAAAAAAAAUCAAUACGAUUUAUAAAAAAAUAUAAAAAGUUUGAAUUUGAAAACAUAUAAUCUGAACUUAUAAAAGAAACUUUUUAUUUUAUUUUUAUUUUUUAUUACUUAUAUAUCUAUAAAGGAAGGGGUAAAAUAAUCUUUUGCCCUUUUAAUGAAACUUUUUUAGUCAUUUUCUUUUUGAAUGCUCUUUUUGUAACAAAAACUUAAAAAUUGUUAUUUAAGAAAAUUGUACAGUUUUGUAUGUAUCACUAUUAUUUUCUUUUUAAUUUGAAAGGAAAACAUAAAUAAUCAUGCUAUAUGAUUUAGAAAAUAAAUAAAUUAUAUAUUUACUUUACAAAAAGAGGUAAUAUAAAUUCAUGAAAAUCUAUACCAAUCUAAAAAAGAUACGAUCAAAAUUCAUAAGUCAAUGUAUAUAAAUUUCACAAUCCACAUAACUUUUAAAAAUCUAUCAACUCUUAAAAUUUACAAAUUCUACACAAAUUUGUCUUCCAAUAACCCUUAUUUUAUUAUCUUAUAAAUGGUUUAACGACAUUUUUAAACUUAUAUGUUAUUUGAAUAUUUUUGGGUUUCUAUUAAUCUACCCGGAUUAGGAAGAAUCCUGUCCAGAAAUUUAUAAUAUCCAAACAUAGUUCAAUUUAAAAUACAAAAAAAUUGAUAUCCAAAAAAUUGGUAUAUAUUCGAACGUGUACAUGAAUUUCCAUCUUUAACUUAUUAUGUAAACAAAUAAAAAAAUUAUUAACCGGUUUGAAUUCUUGUCAUUAAUGUAGCAAUUUUAUUAAAUCAUAUGAAACUGUUAUGUUUAACACGUAAAAUAAAUAAUGUUGAAUGAAGUAGAAGUGGACGGGAUACAUCAGUGAAGUAUCUGGAACUUGAAAUGUGAAGCUGAUUCAAAGUUACUUAUCAACAGCAUCAAGAAUGGAACACUCUACCAAAGUGUGUAUGGAGUCGCGGUGGAUAUUCUCUGCAUUGCGAACUACUUUGAUUCUAUCUCUUUUGGUUGGAUUUAUAGGAAAGAAAACAUUGCAGCUGAUAUGCUUGCAGAAACAAGUAUUGAAUGUAUCUUUUUUUUUUAUAUUGGUUAAUUAUACAUUACAAACUAUGAGAAACAUUACAAAGACGAUAUUAGAGCUGAUAAUUCUACUUGUCUUAUGAGGAAUCACGUCUGACUACAUCACCCUGAGUCGUCUUAUGAAAUUUAAUAUUGACGGUAUUUCUUGCGUCAUGUUGAAGAUAUCUUGUAAGCCUCUUCAAUAUUAAUUAUGCAUAUUUUGCCUUCUUCUAGAAUUGAAACGUAUAUCUCAUUGUGUAUAAGAAUUAAUGAACUCUUGGUCGAACCAAUGGACUAAAGAUGAUUCCACAAAGUAUUGCUCUUACUUAAACUUUUAAAAUGAAUGAAAAUUGUGUUUCAAGAAAAUAAUGUCUACUUAUUAUGGUAAAUCCAAUAAAUGAAGUAGUUAAAAAAUUGAAAAAAUAUAUGAAAAAGAUGUAAUAAACACACAUAAAAAUAGGUAGAUUUUGUUUUAUAUUUUGUAAUAAAUGAUGUCGAAUUAAUUAAAAAAUAAUAAUAAAUAAAGUAGUUAUAAUUAUUUUAAAAGUGAUAAAAUCUGUGAAAAAACCAAUUAAAAUAGACAAGUAUCAUUUCGUAAUUUCAACUUUAACAAAAUAGAUUUACCGGCUAAUUGCUAUAUUUAGAUAUUCUACUUUCUUUUUGUUGUUGUUGUUAAACCUACCUAUACAUGUUAUAUAAAUAAUUAGGAAAAUAAAUAGUAAAAUUAGGGAAAUAAAUUUGAGAGCAAAAAUACAGCAGAGAUUAGCUUGCCUGUUAGGUGUAAAUCUUCCUGAUUUAGCUAUUAAUAAAAUGAAACAAUAUCUUUCUCAGAAUAAACUCACCACAGCUGUCAUAUCCCUUGUCUAUAGUUAUAAAUACAGGGAUGUGGGCACAAGAGGGACUUUACUUUUAAUACACAAAUAUCUCCGGUGCCCCCCGAGGAACAGAGAGAUAGAAAGGAAGGGAGAAAGAAAGAAAGAAAGAUGGGAGCAUUCGAGGAUAAGGUGAAGCUGAGGGCGAUAGAGCUGAAGCAUCUUCUGAAGAAAGGUAUCAAAGUCGUCAGCAAAUCUUGCAAGAAGGGAUGGUCCAAAGUCAAGAACCUUAAGCGCUAAUGAUUGCUCCUUGCUUCUCCUCCAUCUCUGUGUUUUCUUUCUUUCCCCUCUAAAAAAAGAUAACCUACGUUUUGUCUUCAUUUUUUUUUGCUGUUAAGGGUGAUUAUAUAUUGAUCUAAGUAUUUUCUUAAUGGUGUCUUGUUUUCAUUCUUUUCUUCUUCGUCCUAAUUACUUACAUAUCUUCGAUAUGGUUGGAUGUCAGCAACACCUUCUUUUUAGUGGAUAUGAUGAGAUUUACUCUUAAUAAUACGCAAGUAUUUACACAUAUUAUUCACUUUUCCAGUUAUGAAAUGACAAUCUGAAAAAACUUCUUCUAAAUUUGUAUUAAUUGAAAGAUUAAGCCUAAAUGAAAUUAAAUAUGAAACCAUAUUUAGCUAUUAAAACUUUUUAAAAAUAAUAUGAAAACAGUAAAGUAGAAGAAAACAAGAAAAUUGAAAAAAAAAACUAAAGAAGAAGAUAUUUCCUUUUGAAAAUGGGAUUGAACUUUGAACCAAUCACCAAGUACAACACAAUGGGAAGGUUACACGUCGGGUGGAUAAUGUUGAGUUUUAUUGGGCCGACAUAUGGGCCUCUACCCGAGUUUGGUCCAGCGCUAAUCACCACUGUUGCAACUUGUAAGCAUAUAACGAAAGAUUCUAGGGUUUCUGUGGAAAGGUAUAAGAACAAACUCUGUUGGCUGGAAUAAGCGCGCGCGCACACACACACACAAAAUCGUUCCCAUUUUUAACAACCAUAGAUGCUGUGUUGGUUUUAUAUCAUGCGUGUCUUUCAAUUAUUUGAUGUUGAAUUGAGUAAAGUGGCGAUUUUGUUCUUGGUAAACAUAUUGAUUGUCUUUUCUUUUUUUAUUUUUGAAAAAUUUUAUCUUCUUUUUUAACAUAUUGAUUGUCUUUAUAUGCUUGGUUGUGUUGUGUACAUGGUUGGGCCAGUGAUGAUUGAAAAAGUUUGCCUACAUUGUUUGAUUUUACCACUGAAAUGGAAACUUGAAUAUUUUAUUCACUCUGAGGCUCAUUCAUUCUUGCCUUCCUGUCUUUAUUAUUUUUUCAUGGAAAUAUCUUUUCUCUCAUCAGGCAGGCUUAUGACGAUUCAAAAUUUACCUACAUUGUCUGAUUAACCAAUGAUAGCUCUUCUUACAAAUACUUCUCUUGUUUUCUGAAUGAGAAGUAUUCAAAUUUGUAAUUUUUUUGUGUCCUUGUUGGAAGAGGCUGGUGAUGAUGUAACAUAUCUUUGCCUACAUUGGCUGAUCAAAGCUAUUUUGGCUUUGAGCAAGUGACUGAAUGAUAAACUAUUCUGAAGCCUCUCAUCAUCAAGAAGUUUUACAUAUCUUUUUCUUAUCAUUUAUUUUUGUUUGCUAAACUAAAUUAUAGCAAGUCCCCUAACUAAAUAUUUUGCGGACUUGUUUGUCGAGAUUGAAAUGUCUUCCAAAAGACAAAAGAGUUGAGGACUUAUAUGGUUGGUUGCUUCUACAUGGAUUUUGAAUAAAAGGUGCUCUGAAAUUUGUUCAGUAUGUGGUAGAGCAUUUUGGCUCAAAUAAUUACAGUGCAGUGUUGAAAUUGAUUGAUGGUUAAUAUCUUUUGAACGUUAUUAAGUAGUAAAAAUGUAAGUGGAGACGCAAAUCGUUAUCAACAACAUUCAUUAAUCAGGGCUUCUAAUAACUGAAUGAAAUUACAAGUCUAUAUUAUAAACAAAUUCUCAUUUGUUCUCUUCACCGGAUCUGAUGAACAACAGCACAGGACACGCCAAAGAGACUUCAACUUCUUCCAAACCGAACCGGAUUCCCGUAGUUUAGAAAUUAAUUGGAAAUUUGAUUGCAGCAGUCUUCCGGUUAAAAAGAAGACAAGCGUAAUUUUUAAAUAAAUAAAUAAAAUACAAAUAUAUGUUGUUUAGUCAAAAGCUUAACAGUUGACGCACGGACAGGAGCGAAAACCUAGGAAGAGGAGUGUGUCUGUGUCUGGACGGCUUUGAGCAUGAAUCAUCUACUCCGCCCACAAUUUGGAAGCUUCAGGAGUAGCCUUCCUUUCAGAUGUUCCUUCCUUCGUUUCCCCAAAACCGUUCCUUCCCCCGAUCCCGUUCACGACUCUCUCAAGCGUCGUAUCGAACGCGCCCCAGAUUCGAUGCCCUCCCUCACCCAUUUGCUCCACGAAUGGCGACAACUCGGAAACAAACCGGGUCUUUCAGAACUCAGGAGCAUCAUCUCCUCCCUUCACAAAUUGGACCGCUUCUCCCACGCCCUCCAGGUUUCGGAGUGGAUGAGUGACCAACAAGUUUACAAUCUGUCUACGGUGGAUUUCGAGAUUCGGCUUCUCUUGAUUGCUAAACUUGGUGGUCUUGAAGAAGCCAGCAAGUUCUUGGACACCAUUCCCUUGAAGAAGAGGGACUUUUACGUGCACAACGCUCUCUUGAACUCUUGCAAAACCCACGGCUCCCUGAGCAUUGCCGAGACCACGUUUCAGAAGAUGAUAGACCUCGGCUUGGCUUCCAACAACCCUAAACCCUACAACACCAUGCUCUCUCUCUACCACAGUGCUGGAGAUCACGACAUGGUUGUCAAGCUCCUGCUCGAGAUGGACGACCAAAGAUUAGAACCCCAAGGAGUUCCCUUUGGCAAGCUCUUUUCCUGUUUCGCUCUCGCAUCAUGCGUCAAAGACUUUGUGGGAAUGGAGAAGUUUCUCAACAAGUGGAGGGACCGGAUGGAGCCAUGGGCCACAUGCUUCUUCCCUGCAUGCCUCUAUAUGGAACUUGGAUCUCUUGAUAAGAGUUUGUCUUUGUUUCGUAAGACUGAGGAGUUACUCGAUGAUGACUGCAGAAAAAACAUGUAUGGAGCUCUCAUGAGAGUCUAUUGUCAUAAAGGCGAAAGAGAGGACGUUUACCGUCUCUCCAACUUGGCUAAACUCCACGGGAUAUCCUUCGACGCCACUGUAACUUCUGAGAUGAUCAAGUUCUUUGCCUUGAAGCACGAUUUUGAUGGGGCUCACGAGAUCAUGGAAGAGUGGGAUACAGGGGCUGGAGAUCUUGGUCUUUCAGAUUUUGGUCACCGGAAAAGAUGCAUGAAAGAGGAGGCUGAUAAAGCUAUCAACAUGCUUGGGAAGAAGUGGGAGAGCAAGUGGGAGAGUUUGACUGACAUGUUACAGCAAAACUUGGCGGAGGGUGAGGACGAGGAUGGUGAAAGGGAGAGGAGGAAGAGAGUGACGGAGGCCUUGGAGGGGAGGCUGCACGAACGCUGGAACCCAAAGACCACUAUGACUCUCUCCGCUUACGCCUGCGUGCAGUAUGUCGAGGGUCGAAGGGACAUGGAAAGUGCAGCUGAGAUUCUCAAACUGCUUAACAAACAAGAGCUAGUGUCACGUGCAAUGGACAAAGACAGAUUGUGUUUGAAGAUGGUGGAGGCUAUGAGAGGUGGAGGAUACGUUGGUGGACAAGACUAGCAUAAUAUUAAUCCAAAAAACAAUAUUUGUAACUCAUAUAAUUGAUUUAACAUUAUUAAUCUAGUAGACCUCAACCAACAGAAAGAAAAAAAGAAGGCUUUAUAAUAUUUAAAUCCAAAUGGUGUUCAAGCAAGACUCUUCUGGCUACAAUCUUACUUCAGUGUUGUACCGACUUUCUUCCACAUGAACAGAAGAGCUUAUAA